GGCGCCGGACCCCCAGGCGGAGCAGCGGGCGCCGGACCCCCAGGCGGAGCGACAGGUCUCGGGCCCCCAGGCGGAGCGGCGGGCACCGAGUCACCAGGCACGACAGUGGGCUCCGAGUCAACUGGCAAGACUGCGGGCACCGAGUCAACUGGCAAGACUGCGGGCACCGAGCCAACUGGCGGAACAGCGGGCUUCGAGUCGUCUGGCAAGACUGCGGGCACCGAGUCGUCUGGCAAGACUGCGGGCACCGAGUCGUCUGGCAAGACUGCGGGCACCGAGUCGUCGGGCAAGACUGCGGGCACCGAGUCGUCGGGCAAGACUGCGGGCACCGAGUCGUCGGGCAAGACUGCGGGCACCGAGUCGUAUGGCGGAACAGCGGGCAUCGAGUCAACUGGCGGAACAGCGGGCACCGAGUCGUCUGGCAAGACUGCGGUCACCGAAUCACCAGGCACGACAGUGGACUCUGACUCAAUUGGCACGACAGCGGGCACCGGGUCAUCAGGUACCGGAUUGUCUGGCUCGACAGCGGGCAUCGGGUCACCAGGCAUCAGGUCAUUUAGCUCGCCAGCGGGCACCGCGUCAUCUGGCAAGGCAGUGGGCACCGAGUCACCAGGC